CAAAUUUAUAGGGUCAUUGCCUGAGUGCUUGAGAAACUGCACCAAAUUAAAAAGAGUAAGGCUUGAUGGGAACCAAUUCACAGACAACGUCACAAAUGCUUUUGGAUUUCACCCACAUCUAGAUUCCAUCUUCUUAAACAACAACCUAUUCGUUGGAGAAAUUUCAAUUACCUGGGGAAAAUGCCAGAAUCUCACCAGAUUGCAGAUGGGCCAAAAUAAAAUCUCCGGUAAGAUCCCUCCGGAACUCGGGAGUUUGACAAAGUUGGAACUUUUGAGCCUAGAGUCCAAUGAGUUAAGUGGGGAAAUUCCAACUCAAUUGGGAGAUCUUAAACUUUUGUACCAUCUUAAUCUCAGCAAUAAUCAUUUGAUAGGGGAAAUCCCUAGGAGUCUAUCAGAUUUGAGUGAGCUACAAUAUCUUGAUUUGUCGACAAACAAUUUAGCAGGUAAGAUACCAGAGUGGCUUGGUAAUUGUGAAGGACUACUGAGCUUAAACCUCAGUCACAAUAUUAUAUCAAGUGAAAUACCACCAGAGCUUGGAAAUUUGGCCUCUUUGCGUUAUGUAUUGGAUCUCAGUAGCAAUUUGAUAUUUGGAGAAAUACCCUCAAGCCUCUCCAAGCUUACAAUGUUGAAAAUUCUCAACAUCUCUCAUAACAACCUCUCAGGUAGUAUUCCACAAUCAUUUUCCCACCUAAUAAGUGUAAGUUGCAUCGAUUUUUCUUUCAACAACUUGAGUGGUUCGAUCCCAACUUUCCGAAAUACUCCGAAAAGUGUUUAUGAUGGAAAUCCUGGAUUGUGUGGAAACAGUACAGGACUUAAGCCCUGUAGAAGGCAAACAAACAAAAGUAACACUGUUCUAAUUAUAGUCAUGGGCGUCGUUUGUGGCCUUGUAGUUCUUGUUACUGCCAUUGUCACGACUCUCAUAUUGUGCCAUAAAUUCAAAGUGUUAGCUAAGCAAAGGAAAAGUUCUAACCAAAAGGACACUCAUCAGUCAUUGAUAUGGGAGAAAGAUGCAAAGUUUACAUUCGGAGAAAUUGUGGAGGCAACCGAAGACUUCGACGACAAGUAUUGCAUUGGAAAAGGAGGCUUCGGUACUGUUUACAAGGCUAUAUUGAGAUCACAUGAAUUGGUUCUUGCAGUUAAGCGGUUGCAUAUGUCAGAUUCGAGUGACAUUCCCGAAGUUAGUCGCAUAAGUUUCGAGAAUGAGAUUCGAACUCUGACCGAAGUCCGACAUCGGAAUAUCAUAAAGCUUUAUGGGUUCUGCUCAAGAAAGGGUGGUUUGUACUUGGUGUAUCAAUAUGCAAAUAGGGGCAGCCUUGCUAAAGUAUUAUAUGGCUCAACCGAUCUUGAUUGGGAUUCAAGGGUGAAGAUAGUUCAAGGACUAGCUCGUGCAAUCUCAUACUUGCACCAUGACUGUUCUCCACCAAUAGUCCACCGCGAUGUGUCUUUGAAUAAUGUACUACUCGGCUUCGAUUUCGUUCCGUUACUUUCAAACUUUGGCACGGCUCGAUUGUUGAUCCCUGACUUGUCCAUUUGGACAAAUGUAGCUGGGUCUUACGGCUACAUGGCCCCAGAGUUAGCUUUAACCAUGCGCGUGACAGAAAAGUGUGAUGUCUAUAGCUUUGGAGUCGUAGCUUUGGAAAUUAUGAUGGGAAAGCACCCAAGAGAACUAUUGGAAUCUUUAUCAUCAGCCCGGUCGAAGACAUUAUUUGCAACUAUGUUAUUAAAAGAUGUGUUAGAUCAACGGCUGUUACCUCCUUCUGAGAGAUUAUCAAUGGUUGUGGUGUUAGUGGUGAGCUUGGCAUUUUCAUGUACAAGAAGUAGACCAGAGUCAAGACCCAGCAUGCAUUUUGUGGCGCAAGAAUUGUCAACCAGGAGUAGAGCUUCCAUGAUCUCUGAGCCAUUGAGGACGAUUACGAUUGAGAAGCUUGCUGAACUUCAAUAUCAGUAGCAGAAAAAAUAUUUAAUUAAUUAGAACUGGUACUUAUGUAAGAGGUUUAUCUCGUUCUACAGAUUAGUUAAUGUUUUUACUACUUGUUUAAUAAAUUUUAUUACUUGUUUAAUAAAGAUCAUAGUGAUGUAGUAAUUUCAGUUUUUAUUUUACUCAUGAUUUGUAUACAAAGUGCAGUAUUUCUCAUCGAGAAAAAAGAUAAAUAAAACAGGGGAGUU